CUUUAGCCGAACUACUUCUGAAACAAGGUGGCAAGGACAAUCUGCCGUUAUGGUUGCCACCUUUCAUUCAGUCUCAACCUCAGUGGCCUGCGCUGGUCAGCAGGUCAGGGGAUUCAAUAUGGAGACCAGGAAGCAACAGAGGACAUGAUGAGGUGGCAGUGAAGAGAGCGAGUUCCGACCCUGGUGCACAGCAUGGCUCAAACUCGAGCAGUGCAAGUCCUAGCCCUCAACCAUCUAUGCCUACAACACAGCAACAACAACAGCAGCAGCAGCAGCAGCAGCAGCAGCAGCAUCAACAACAACAACAACAACAACAACAGCUACAGCUGAAUUUCCAGGAAGACAGCUAUUCAUUGGCUGGUGUGACAUAUCAAACCACAGACGAUGGCAGUGGCUACUUCUCUCCCAGCCUUCAGGAAGAUGUGUUCCAGCAGGUAUCAGUGCAAGAUACCAUGCUUCUUCAUGGGGUAGAUGCAGCACAGCUUGCAGAGAGCAUACAAUUUCAGGCAGCCACUCUGCUGCAAGAUCAGUCCACAGCAGAGCAACUUCAGGACAUAGCAUCACUUGAGGACUACCAGACAGCAACAGCUGGGCUCCAAGACAGUGUCCAGAGCCCACAGUACAACACACAGAACCACCAUGGUGUGCCUCAAGACUUCCAAGCUGUUCUAGACUCACCCUUGCCUGAUGGGCUGGCUGAUUUCAGUACAUAUGGACAGCCAGCUGUAGUAACUUCGAACACCGAUAUGAGAACUGCGUUGCCCUCUCCUGUAUCCAAGGACCCAUCAGCUGGCUAUCGUACAACACAGUCGCCACAUCAGCAGGGAUAUGCCAACUCACCUCAUGCAGCCCUUGCAGUGCAAUCACCUUUGCCAUCACCACUGACACAUCAUGACUCACCUGGCUUCACAUAUCCCACCCCACCAGCUAGCCAAGAAGGACAGUCACCAUCAUUUGCUCAUGGCACAAUCAUGACAAGCACGCUUCCCUUGUCUUCACCACAACAACAGUCUGGGGCAACAGAUAGCUAUGUACAGUCAGUGAUCUCACAUGGUGGUGGUCAUGUACCACCAGCAUCGUCUCCACUCUCUGCAGCCUUCUACACUGCUGCCAUGUCUAGUUCUGCUGCUGUAGAAGCUGCGCUGUCUGAGGUGCUACCUGUGGAGACUCAGGGAGGUUGUGUAGUGGGCAGUCAUCUUCGUUCCCCGCAUGGAUUCAGCUUGUAUGGAACGUUGGCCAACCCGUCUCCACCACCCCAGUCGCCACUGUCAGCAACACCAGUACCUUCUCCCCUUUCUUUGUCCAGUGUGCCUGCUUCCUCUUCAUCUGUGUCAUCUCCUCUACCUCCUGUCACCUUUGCGCCUGCACAAGGACAGGUCUCAUUCCCCCUCUCUCCACACCAGUCCCUCCAGUCACAAAUGAUGCCCAAUUCAGAGGACCCUCUCCUUUCUAGCAGUCCCAAGGACUUUGGAAGCAGAAAGAAGUUUGACUUCGGAAGUAUACAUUCAUUCAAGCUUGUUGGAAAUGGAAUGGUGGAUUUUGCAGUUGGAAACUCAGGACUUACAGGAAUUGUAGUGGACAGUAAUGGGGAACUCAAGUUCUUCCAAACCUCCAAUCACCAUCCAGCCAAGAGCCUGGUGGUGACAGGAACUACAGGUACUAACACAACAGUGAUGAUGGGUAACAGCACUUCGGCAUUUCAUAGCAAGAAGAAUGAGCCUGAUGGUGGGAAGAAAGGGCUCUCAGGCAAGGGUACUAACACGCAUCAUACCUCUCACUUCCAUCAACAUCAUCACAGCAACAGUGCCACACGUAGUCAGCGACCAAGGCUCCAGGUGGCACUGGACAACUUGAAGGACGAUGGAGAUGAUGAUGUGUUCCUCAGCCCCACUAGCAUCCCCGCAAGUCCAAUUCGUGUGCAGCGAAAGAGGCCGCGACCUGAACCCCUGUACAUACCACUCCACCCUCAUCCUAUAUUCCAAUCACGCUUGCGCUCACCUCGGCUGUGUACUUCUUCUCCACCGCCGCCAUACACACCACCACCCAUGUUGAGUCCAGCCAGAAAUGGGCAAGGACUAUUCUGGCAAGCUGUCACCCCAACUAUGACAGCCUUGAGUGCUCCAGCUAGCUCUACAGUGGCUUGGCCUAGCUCCACAGUGGCUUGGCCUACCUCCACAGUGGCUUGGCCUAGCUCCACCACAUUCACCCAUAGCAAGAAUGGCAAUGGUGGUGAAUCAUCUAGUUCAGAUGAGAGCCAGCAAGGUCCAACUACCAGCAGUGACUCUGCACCAGAGUCGGAUGCUACACCUCAUGUUAACAUUGGACCUGAAUUCCAGUGCAGCAUACCACAGUGGAAUCCUGACAGAGAGAAAGCUAAUAGAGAACCAUCAUAUGAACAUCUGCUGUGGGACCCAGGCAUCAGCAAGUUCUGUACAGAUGCUGAAGUUGAAAUGUACCUGGAAUUUGCAUGCUGUGCAGCAGUGCCUGGUGGAGGUCGCAACAAAGAGUAUGCUCUCCAUCUGCUGCACAUGUGUCAUGGGAAUAUUCAUGAAGCAAUGUUGAAGCUUAUGCAACCAACACCAACUUUGCCACCUGGUCAUCCACUACUAGCCUAUGAAUACACAGAGAGUGACCGGUGGAGUGCAGAAGAGAUGGAUACAUUCCACCAGGGACUGCUUAAGUAUGACAAGGACUUCCACAGUGUGGCAGACGAGAUUGGCUCAAAGACUGUGAAGCAAUGUAUCCAGUUCUAUUACUUAUGGAAGAAGGUGUGCUCAGAAGAGUACAAACGCCUACGCCUGAUUCGUCGGCGACAAAAUGCUGAUUAUGGCACACGUACUGAUGUAGAGUAUGAGGACAUCAAGAUGGAUGACUCCCGCAUUCCUGCCAGUGAUGUGGAAUUGGUAUCAACUAGUUCAGAGAGUCGACUGUUUGUCUGUGAAUAUCCUGAUUGCUCAGCUAGUUUUAACUCCCGUGCAGCAUUGAAUGGCCACAUACGAAUUCAUGGUGGUGGUGGUGGUGUAUGUGGACGUUCUCCCACCCCAGACAAGCGUCCAACUACUGCAACCCCUCCCACACUUGGAGAUAUUAUUGAGGAGUUUCCAUGCAAGAUUUGUGGGAAAGUUUUUAAUAAAGUGAAAAGUCGUAGUGCUCAUAUGAAGUCACACCGCCCUCCAGAUGCUGAACCAAAGAAAGCAAAGCUGGAUCCUCACAAGAUGGAAGCUGCAGAGCAAACUCUAGGACGAGCCAUGGGUGUGAGUACAACCAUUGGUCGACAUACCUGAGCACUUUCUUCCAGUUAUCAUCUCUUACCUGUCGUAGUGCUGUAGGUUGAUAUAACCUAAACUGUGCCAUGGGUGAUACAGCAGGCUGUAAAGCUGAAGAUGUGCCAUAAAAUGACACAGUUUGUGCCAGAGGAAUAAAAACAUUUUAAAAUCACAUUCAUUGCCAUGAAAAUGGCUGAAAUUCAUCCAGCAUAAACAGUUUAUGAUGCCAGUAUGCAUAUUUGGAGCAACGACAUCUACUGGCAUGCUAGGUGUAGGAGGUUUUUUAGUAAAGGUUGGUGAAAUAUAAUUUAUAAUUCCAAAUGGCACUUGCAUCAUAUUAUCAGAAAGAUUGCACCUCAAACUGUGUGUGUUUCUUUUUUUAAUUGUGCUCAAUGAAAUAUAGCCUCUCUACUUUUAUCAGUCAUCUUCCUAUUCUUCUGUACAUCUUCAUCAAUUUAAUUUCCAUUCUUCAACUUAAAAUUAAUAUGGUACAAGUUUUCUUGCCAGAAUAUGACAGACUUCCUGUUUUGAACAGUUUGGCCCUUUAUGUGUAUAUGUUCUAUCAAAGUGUUAGCCAGCAGCUUCUCAAGACAAAUAACAAAGGGUGAAGUGGAGUGAUUCUCUGAACAUGUCUACUAUAUAGACUCUCAAACAGGAGAGAGGAACAGAGUCUGCUGUAUACUGCAGACAUAAUCUCUGCCAGAAUCUCUUUGCAAGGCGCAACAAAGCCCUGAUUGACAGUAUUAUCUUUCAAACAGAUGUGUAGAAUAGUGUUUGGUUCUAAUCCACAUGUUUUGCUGUCUUGGUUUUUUAAAAUAAUUAUUUCUAGCUACAGUUUUUGUAUAAAGCCGUUAUGUUGUUAGCUAUAUACAUUUAGACUAUGAUUGCAUAUGUAUACACAUAAUACAUUUUUGUUAUACCAAUACCAAAGUGCGGAGUGUACUAAGUAUAGUGUAAAGUAAAGUGCCUUGUGACUGGGUAAAAUUUGAAUGUUACCCAGAUCCAAACUGCUACUCAAAUAUGAGUUGGGUCAUGUCAAGUUGAGGUGAAAUGAUGGAAUGAUUGGCGCAGCAGCAGACAGACAAGGUGCAAGGAAGCAAUACAUUACACACAGGGUAGGGUCAAUAUAAUGUUUUCAUAAAACAGCAUUACUAUGAUGAGUGCAUGUUGUUGAUAAUAGAACUUAUUUCAUGCAUAUGGAGAAAGUUUAGAUUGAGAGUAAAUUUGAAAAGCUGAACACAAUUUUUCAGUAUCUAAAAGUUUAUAUCUUCAUACCAGUGUUUUCCAAAGUCUGUGACUAUGAUUGUACUACUUUAUUCUGUGAAAUUAUGAACUCUUUCAGUCCUGUGAUGCCUCAGCACAUCACUAGUUGCAUCAUAUAUCAUCUAAAUUUUUUUACAGAUGUGUGUUUGGUCUGAAGUACAUGUUUUCAUUGUCAUUAGGUAACAAAAGCAUGUGUAUUUCUGCUAUGAGGACGUUUUAUUUCUAUGUAAAUAGUAUAUCAUGAGUUCAGCUUAAUUGUGUGUGGUUAUGUUCUAGGGGAUAAUGGGAUUAUCAACUGCCAGUGCUGUUAGAGGUUAUAUUGUUGGAGUUUGUUCUGUCUUUAAAAUAGCCCAUUUAUGAGAAUAAGCACAACAGAUUUUAAAUUUAAAAUCUAAUGACAUUAAAUAAUUGUUUUAACACAAAAUACUCCAUAUGUUGGAAAUCACUUAUCUGGUUUUUUAAAAGAUUUAUUUGCUAUUUUCCCAUACUAUAAUAACCAGUGUAUUGUUUUGUUUCAUACAUUUAAAAUUAAUACCAUUUAAAAUGUACACUUUCAGUACAUUUAACAAGACAUACAUAAUUGAAGGUGUUUCCACGUUAAACAUAAACAGUUUCUCACUAACAGUGCUUCUAACAAAUUAUUUCCAGUUCAUCAUUUAUGAUCAACAAGUCUUAAACGAGAAAUCUGUGUUAUAAAACUGACAGAUAAACAUCACUGCCAUAAUAUGGGGUGAUUAUCAGCAAUUUAGAUAGCAUUUUUAUUUUUCAUUUUGCUGGAUGAAUGCAGUACAAUAUUAUGGCUACCCCUGCAAGGUUUUAAUUGAGGCUUGGAGAAAACAUUCUAUUUUCUCUUUUAUAUGUUUAUUUAAUAUUUGAAUGGCUGUCACUUUUCACCCCAUUGUGUGCAUAUGUGUGCAUGCACACGUGAAUAUGUGCUUGUGCAUGCAUGGCCAUGGCAGAGUAGUUAAAGAUGAGUAAGUCCACCAACUGUCCACUUCUUGUUAAAUUGAGCAUCGAUCCUCUUUGUUAAGUCAUUUGAAUGUUAAUCCUGGUUAAUGUUUGUUUCAACAAAUUUGCUUCACAUUAAUUUCUUUCACCGUUGAUAUCAUCACCACUAAUCUUGAUAUAAUCACCACUAAUCGUGCCUAUGUACCAUGAUUUUUGUUCAGCUUUGCUUUCUUGAAAAUUGAUGACUAACUGAAAUGAACUACAACCCAGUCAUUGUCUUUUAAAACAUUCCCUUUCAUGUUUUGUACUACAACUAAAAGAGGCUCCCUGACUUCCUGUUCUCUAUGUGGCUUUGAUUUUGGGGCAUCUUCUUCUUUUGUUGUUGCUGGAGGGUCAUCUUUGUAUCCAUUCUCUUCUUCACUUUGUAGAUGUCAAUCUCUAACAUUUUUUCCUACUUCAACAUUGAGCCUUUUGUGGGAACUUAGCAUUUGUGCUAGUAUCAUCAUAUCUGUCAUCUUGUUCAAGAGUUAAGAUUGCAUCAUCCAACAGUUUGGCAUAUUAUACACUAUCAGCAUGUUUGACUGCAGGAAUUCUUCAUACAAAUUUUUGUGAAUUAAGAAGAAUAAUCCCACAUUUGGUGAACCCUGUAAGGAGAAUUACUUUUUUCAUGUUAUUUCAUUUUUAAAUUUAGCUACCUCGGUGCAAGUGGAAGGUCAUCUUUUGGAAUGGUAGAUUGAUUUCUUUCACUUCAAGACAGUUUCUCAACCAAGUUGCUUUAGUCAGUGAAGGCCACAUCAACUGGCUGUGUUACAUGUGUACAGUUACUCAGCAAAAAUAUAAAUUCUAUAUCAUGAUUCUCACAUAUCUGAAUUACCAUUUCUGUAAAACAGGACCUUGACCACAAGCAUAACAUCAUCAUCUACCCAGUCUUCAAAACAGUAUGAAUCAAAAUGGCUGUAUUCUGGGUUGUUUCACCAUGUAGUGUGGUAGAAGUUUACCGACGUUUCAGAGGCACCCUCUUUGGGUGUUAUUUAUGCUCUGGCAUGAGGAAAUAACGUAUUUGAGCCCAUUCAUAUUUGUGUGUCAAAUUUUUUGUGAGGACUGAGCGACUCACAUGAUCUGGGGUUAUUGUUAGAAUACACAUUUGCAACAGUCGAAACAAGUAAUUGUUAACUCAACAAUUACCUUGGAUAAAAUUUUUGCCAUUAAUCACAUUUUUGUGUUUGUUAUUGCUUUUGAGUAAGAAUGAUACACAUCAAGCUUUUUAGCAAUAGUUAUCAAUGGAGUAACCUGCUGACUUUACUUCCAAUGCUGUGGCUUAAAGAACAUCUUUGGAAUUUCAGUGUACUCCAUUGAGUACACAAUUCCAAUCUUGUUACCCCAUGUUUUGGUAAUGAUUAGGAGCAACAUUGGAAACCUUUAAUAUAUAGUCCUAAAGUGGUGUAUGUUAAUAGCUAAAUUAAAGGUAUUCAACUUUUGCUAAGGUAAUGUUUUGUAGAAUGCAAAAACAGGUCGCCAUGCAAUUUGGCUUUCAGUUUAACUAUUGACAGUUAAUGGACCAUUAGAGCUAGGAAUGUUAAUUUUUUCAAGGAAGUAUAUUGUAAAGAUAUCUACAAAUUACAUGUAAGGAGUAUUUACAUACAUGAUGAGGAUUCUAAGGUUAUAUCUGAUGAAUUUUAUGUAAUCAGUAUCUGUAUGGCCAGUCACAGUGGCUGUGUUAUCUGGGGUGUGGGCCUUGAUCACUUAGACACUGGGAUCAUGGGUUUGAACCCCACUCCAGGCAUGGAUAUUUGUCUGAUCACUGUCAUAGGCUGAUCACUCAUCCAAGGAAUCCUACCAAAUGUCUAAAAAAAGAUUAAGAAACCUCCCAUUUGUGAGGAGGCCAAGGUCCUUCAAGGCCUGUGGAGAUGAUGAUAAUAACAAUAACAACAACAAUGACAAUAACAACAGUAUCUGUAUGUAACAAGUUCUUCCAAAAAUAUUAAUGAACAUAAGAAUAUAAAAUGAUUACAAAGAACAGAGAACAAUCUAAAACAUUUAUUGACAAGGUGUCCUCAAAGAGACAAUCUGCAUAUGUAUAACUUGCAGAAAUAUUGCACCUAGCUGAAGGAAUAUGUCUUAAUGCACUGCUCAUGCUGAGAGUAGAAAAUUGUCUUAUUUGUCUUGUAGGCACAUGGAUACCAGCAGUGCCCAUGAUGGAAUGGCAGUUUAUUUUGCCCUUGAAAACAUUAAUAAGAAAUUAAAGCAUCGAGAUGUUGUCUGGAAUAAAGUGUUCUACAAUUUAGACAACUCAGAAUCAAAUCAUAAUUAUGUAAAACAUGAAAUUAAAAAAAUUAUAACACAGACAAAUUUUCUUUGUAUAUUUUCUAAAUAUCAACAACACCCUAAAACAGCAGUAGCAUUCUGUUGUCCAUUUACAAAUGCAAGCAAUAAUAGAAACAUGUCAUAAGUGGGAUUUAACCCUAUGACCACCUGUGCAUGAGCCCAUAACAUCAGUUACACAGCACCAUAGGUGACAGAGCACAAGGUAAUGAUUACAGCCAGAAGUAACUGGAAUUUUGGCCUCUUGGAUUCACUGUUCACUUUUUAUCUGCACAGUACAUUGAACAUGCAGUAACAAACUACUAGUUUGGCAAUCACUAAUAAGAUUUUAAAUUGUUAACUCCCAUCCAAGUGCUGUCUCAACAUACAUACAGCUGGGAUCAGUUAGAAUGUCAAGCUGUAAAGGAUAUGCAUGGGAUCUCUGUGUAAUGUGGUAUAGACACUGCAACUUUCCAAUCAUCUUAUAAUGUAUAUAGCUCCUGAUAACUGUAUAGAAAGUUGUGUACUUUUGAUUGAAAAGGCAGAGCUGAGAAAUACAUACUGGAAAUUUGACAGGAAAGUAGCAAGAAAAGUGUCAAAGUGGGCUUAGCUAGUAAAGAUGAUAGCCUCUUACAAACAGACAGGCAGGCCAUACAGAUGCAUCAGAUUGAUGUGUGUAUAUGCAAGUUCUUUUACAAUUGACACUGUCUAAUCUCCAUUUAAUUUAUUUUUUCUCAAUGUGUGUUCUCAAAUCCUCUUGCUUCAUUUACCCACUUCUUAGAUCUAUCACAUCUUUACCUUUCUGGAUGAUUCCCAUUCCACAUCUUGUUUCAGACAGUCAUUAAAGAUUUCCAUAAUCCAUCAAUGUUUUCCUUUAAAUGGAAAUGAAAAUUCUGAUUCAUGAAUUUAAAUACAUUUCACUAAAUGUUUCUUUUAUUAAACCUGUUAAAACUAUAUAUAAAUACAAACAUGGUCUUAUUUAUUCCACCACCACAAUCACCCCCUCCACCAGGCUGUAUGGUAACUGUCCAUCAGCUGUGCCAUGUAUGAGUACAAAAGCAGUGUAUGAAGUGGGAGAUAACAUAGUGAAUUUUCAGAUUGUUCACACAUUUCCUUCUCUGAUAUUACUGUUUGCUAAUAUCCUCCCCAGUGUUCAUAAAUAAUUGCUAAUGCAAGUAAUAAUCUUCAUAAAUAAUGAGAGAAUUUCACUUCCAGAAAUUCUCCACCAUAAUCAUAUACAGGUAUAGCUGGUUAAAUUGAGUACAAGAUCCACAUCAUCUUCACAGUUAUAAUAAUCUAACCAUUUAAAUGCAGAACAUUACAUCACCAUCACAGCAAUUGAAGAAUUAAUCCCUCAGUAAACACAGAGUAGCUAAAAGCAGGACAUGACAUAAUGAAAAAGGCUUUCAGUUCUAAGUUUUAUGCUAUUUAUCUCACUGUAUCCAGCAGAAAACACCAGCCCUCAUUGCCACAUGUCUCUAGUUAAAAACCAGCCAAAUGUAUAGCAGAAUUUUUGGAUACCUUUCCUAUCUCUCGUCUCUGACAAAUUCAAAAUUUUGUGAAUGUGACAAAUUAUUGGGUUUAUAACUUGGACACAAUCACAAAUAUAAAGACAAAGGGUAAGAUACAUGUAUGAUAUGAAACAGCCACCCACAAACUCUUUUUGUCAAAAUGCUAUACAAGCGUAUGCCAUGAUAUGAUGGGGUUAUGUUCUUAAAAAAUGUGGUUGUAUUGUGAGGUAAGUUUUCCCAUGGGCUUGUCUGUUAUAAACUAAGAUACAUUCCAGAACUUGUAGAAAAAUUGUUAAAGACUGCCAAAAAUGCUAUGUAAUGAUAAACAUGAUGGAACAAUCAUUAAAUUUAUCAAAGGCAAUUAAUUAAUUAAUAAUAACCUCAGAUAUGUAAUAAUCAAAUUACCCAGAAAAAUAAAUACAAUCUUUUAUAAUAAAAUACAGACCCAGUGAAACAAGUUGUGAGGCUUUGCAGAAGUGAAUACUCAUUCUUUUCAUGAUAGUGUUAGUUUUUCAACUUUAGAGAAAAGCUUAUCUAACUUCAAUUGUACAGCAGCCUUCUUCUCUUCAUGCAGCACCUUAUAGCAUGCCAAAUCUUUCUCAACAUAUCUGUGCACCUACAAAAUCCUUUCUGCAAUAGCAUCUUCUUGCUCAAUCAUAUAUAUAAGCUCAUUCACUUCCUGCAAAAAUUAAAUAAGACUUUUCAAUUCAGUCAUCUGAUUUGUCAUCUUCCAGUGGUGCACUGGAUUGCUGAAGUCCGAUGAGGUCUUUGUUGGCCAGUGAUUCCUCAGAAUGAGAUGCAAUUCAUUCAUCAACAUCUGUUGUGUCUGGUUCUAAAUUCAAUUGCCACCCCAGGUUAACAACAUCAUUUGUGUUCUGUUCUGGAAUCUCUUCAGUAUCUUGGAACAUCUGUCACAAUUGUGGGAAAAGUUAUCUUCAUGAUCAUGGAUGCCUUAAAUUCUGCCUACAAAUCUCUAAUGUUAUUAACUCCAUUCCAUAUGUUGUAACCCUUCCAGAAUUCUGUAAGUGUUGGACCAGCUUCAUUGCCUGUUGCCACAAUUGCCUGGGUCUUUGUGCAACAUGCACAGUUCAAGAUGGUGUAACAAAACAAACUGGUAAGCCUACUCGUUUGCCCAGACCAAAAUCAUAUGUCUUAACAUAGGGACCUGCCAGGGAACAUUAUCAAGGCACAAUGGUCAUAUUGGUGGGUUCGUUAUAUUAUGGGGUGGUCAAAACCUGCGGUAUGCCGGUACUAACUGAUCAGUAAACUGCUUGAUAUGAGCAGUGAAUAGUUAUUUACCUGUUCAUGAUAUUUGGUUUUUGUGGAGGUUCAUUACUGAAAUCACUGAUUCCUAUCCUGAGCCUGCCCAUUCAUUUCAGACCAUCAUAACCUAACCACUUCACUGAGAGUCAUUUUAAUAAUACUUUAGUUCCCCAAGUGAUGCAUUUUUUAUUUGCCCUUUCAUACCUCAUGUGAAGCUUGUCUCAGCCUGCUUGAUUAAAUUUCCCUAAUAAUACAACAUUAACUGUACUGACUACUAUGUAGUGGUCACAGUAAAUAAUGAAAAUAUGUUCAGAAAUUACAUACAUAAACACAGGAGAAUUUUAUCUGUAAAUAUUAAGUAUAUGAAUAAUUACAUGCUAUGCAAGUUAAAGAAGAGUAUCAGCUUGAAAUAUAUUUUAGUUUUAGAAAACUAGUAUAGCAUUGUGUAAAAGGAUUAAAUGGGCAUUAACAGGACUUGGGAAAGAAUCAGAGAUAAUGUAACAUUUCAAUGGAAGAAAGUCUUUAACUGUUAUAAACCAAAUAAGAGUGUUAAGUCAUCAGGAUGGGGUCCUGUUGUUGGUUCUUGUGAAUGUGGUAAUGGGACUGUGCGGAACUUCAUUUUUUUAUAAGCAAUUAAUUAUUUUAAAAAAAUCCAAUGCUGUUUUGUUUUGUGUCAUCCUUAACACACUUAUUAAAUGUUAUCAAAUACAAAAGAAAUGGUCUUGAUAUGAACCAUAAAUUCCACAUUCUAAAACAAAAUUAAGAUAAUGAAGUAAUGGGCAUCACUUCAUAUUUAUAGAUCACAGUUAGGAUCUUAGAUGGAAUUAGCUGUCCUGAAAUUUCUCAUACUUUUCCACAGUCAUUUCAGGGGUGCAAGGAAAUUUCUCCAACAUCAGCACUUAUUUAAACUACAUUACUUAUUUUAAACCUAUAUAUUUGAUGUAUAUUUAACAAAAUAUACAAAAUUGUGUCCUUGUGUAAUGUAAACUUACUGGUGGACUAGCCUGAACAAAAAAUAUAUAUGCUUUGCAACUUCCAAAGGCAUGAAGCAGUUUCAGAGAUGGAAUGUAGAUGAAGAGGCAGGCAGACAGACAAGACAGAAUUCCUCAUGAUAUUUUUGUUUUGUGUGUUGCAUAUAAAAUAUCUAAUAAAUCAAAUGUCUAAAUACAAGUUUAUCUGAAAAGACAAUCCAACAUGAAACACUUGGUAAAUUCAAAAACAAAGAGAAAUUAUAUUAAUAUAUCAUAUUGCUAUCCUCAGUCUGAUAAAUUCCUCGAGUUUAUUAUCUAGUUAUGUGUGGGGAAUAAACAUUGAAGGCAUUUCUCUUCGAUGGUCACAGCACUGGAAACACCUUUGAAUUGUAUUGCAGUAGAAUAGCAGCCAAAUGAAAAGAUUACUUGUUAGGAGGUAAGAAUAUUCUUCCAUGUGUAGAUGGUUAUAUAGCGUUUACUCGCAGCAUCAGAAACUCUCAAAUUUAAACAAAUGUUGUUUUGUUUGAAAAGAAAUAUUGAUCCCCCAUGUGUACAUGUGCAUGUACAUAUAUAUACAGUUUGUGUAUUUAUAUGGUGGAAUACAUGCACAUACUGUAGGUUUAGCUUGGUACAAAAGAGAUUUGUUUCCUGUUUUAAAUACAGUAAAAUAUGUUUCCUUGGCUACAAACUUCCUUUCAGGUUUUGCUGCCAGAUACUUUGCUCUGUGUUGUGAUAAAUACAAUUUUAUUGUGUCUUUUUAACUAUGUACAGGUCAGCUGACAGGAGGAAUGCAUGUACCCCACUAUAAUGACAAUCCUCUCUCAAGAGUAAAUAAGUUUUAACUAAGAGUUUUAGUGUAUGAAUAUGUGGUGUAUGAUAGUGUACAUGUGAAUGCCUGUGUAUAUAAAUCUAUUUAAAGAAGAGCAGGAUCUAUAUAUUUUAUGUUCAUUGUUGAGGCUGUAUCAGUUACCUAAGUUUUCAUAACUAUUGUGAAUCAUAGCUUUUAAGAAUAAUAGUAAUAAUAACAAUAAAUAAAUAAUAAUAAUGAUAAAAAUUUCCAGGUUAGGUGAAACUGUUAAUAAAAUUGUUGUUAGCGGAUGGAUAUUGUUAGUUAGAUUCCUCUGUCAGUUGACUUCCUCUGGUGUUUGUUGUUAUGUAUCGGGUGCUAAGGUCACUUCAUUGUUAAAAAAAUCAUUAUUGUUGUGUGAAUUCUUGUGUACAUCAGACGUUACAAUGAACUUUUUCAGUGUGAUUUCAAAAAACAGAAAACAAUCAAGUAAUAUUGCUGUGGUCUUUCAAAAAAAUAAUUACCUGAUAAUGUCAAAAUAGUGUUUUAAUUAUACAGUAGAUUUUUAACAAUCAAUAGUAUUAAUCUAUUGUUCAUGUGCCUGGAUUUGUAUCUGUGCCAACAAUGACUGGAGUGUGGAAAGGGACACAUGUUGCAAAAUGAUCUCAUAAUCAUGAUGAGCCAUGACACUCGAGCAACUCUUUCCGACCGAGUUUUGUAUAGUCAACCAUACAUUUACUCUAGUACUUAAGUUUUCUGCCAAAAAAGAGAUACCCCUGUGUGCAGUGAAGAUUAGGGAAUAAGCAUGCAAUAAGCUAGCUCAUUAUAUUGAUGUACGUAUUAAUUCUAUGGUGGCAGCAUUUCUUCCUUAGAGCUGCUGUGUAAUUAUCCUGACCAACCCCGUCCCCUUCAGCCCAAACCCAACCCUGACCCUUGCUCAUUAUGGAUCCCAUGCUCUGCUCAUUCUCCAGUAUGAAUGUAGGCGAUGUAUAUCGCUUAUAUUUGGUAAUUCUUCUUCGUUUCACACUCAACACUACAGAGCACACAUUUAAGACUCAAUAAUUAUUGUAUGCCAUAUUACGAUGUAUUAUAGCUCAAGAUUAUACAUAUUUUUUUGUUUAAAUGCUAUCUCACAAUUUUCACUUCCUAGAUGACAAAAUUAAUAUUUCUGUAUGUAGGAUGGUGAGGCCAAUACCAGAGUGUUCAACGGUACUAGUCGAAACUUUUGCUGUUAGGUUUGUACUUUGUGAUCCAGACUACAUGGAAGAACAAACGUGUUGUUAGAACUGUGAAGUGUCUCGUUAUAUAUUUAACUUGUUUUCUAUGAUCAUUGAAUAUAACUGACAAAUGUGUACUUUCCAAAUUCAUAUAAAUUCAGUUAUUGCUUUCCAUUACUUCCACUUUUUUGAAAGGAUGUGUAUAUUUUUAUGCACAGUAAUGUUUGUUGUUUUGAAUAUAUGUGCUAUUAAUUGACUUGCAACAGGAUGUUGUACUUAUUACAAAUUUAAAUCCAAAUUUUGUAACCAGAUGUUUGAGCCACUAUUGACUGUGCUUGGCAGAUCUGACUGCAUCAGCUUGCCACUCACAUAAUAAGAGCAGGUCUUAUGUUUAUCACAAUUUGUGGAAGGGUGGGUACUGAUUUGCACAAGUUCUUUCUCACUUGUAUGGAAUCUAUAAAAAUGUAUACUUUGUUAACUGUUCAAUAAAAUGUAUGAAGGUUUAUAAUAUCAAAGGGCUAUUAUUACUUUGAUUCAGAGUGAAAUGUGGUAGGAUCUUGAUAUUUACUUAUAUUUAUGAAACAAAAUUGGCAAUAAACAUAUGUAGUGUUGUUGAUUUAAGUAGGAGUUAAUACCCUUUGCUAUUUUCACUCUUCAUAUGUCUACAGUUUGUACACUUGGACUUUUUAUUUUAACUUAUUAGUUUUACUUUGCUACAGUAGCUUCUUAAGACAUUUAAUGAAGCUUUUACUGGUACAACCAUACAAAUUAAAAUGUACUGCUUACACUUAUACUUCAAUAAAAUAUUAACAGCAUAUCACUCACUACACAGGUAUCUUUCAGCACAAAUCAUACAUAAAAUUCUUCCUAAUACAAAUGCAUUCAUAUCUUGCUGUCUUUUAUCACAGAAGGAUUUAUAAUUUUCACAUGGCUGAUUGCCCAAGAAAGACUUCACUACAUUCAGUGACUAUGAAAGCUUCAAAUCUUACAGAUUACAUCUCAUUUUAUCUUCUCUCUACAUCUCAAGAAGAACAUAUUAGUAGCACUAUUUUUCUUUUAGCUUGAUUGAAAUUUGAUUUUAUAUGGUGAAAUUGUUGUGAUGUAUCAGCAUACUUAUUUGUGGAUUCUGCUCUUAAAUGCAAGCUAAUGCAGUCCUAACCUUCAAGCUGUUCUUAGAGCUACAUUAUUACGAUGUAUCCAGUAAGUUCUUCCAUGUCAUGGAAGAUGCCUUGCACAGUAGUCGAAUGUAGGCCGCUGCAUAGUAUUCCAUUAUUUGGGGUCUAUGUUCUACUUUCUACCAACUUUUGACUGCUGCUUAGGAUGUAUGAAUAUUGUAAAGUAGUUCAGUACAUCUACAAUGAGGUCAAAUUAAAUAAAUAAGUGUUUAAUUAAGAUAAAUCUGUGACAAUGUCCAGCUACAAAGGCUUAUUUGUUCCCAACAUUAUAAAUAAUCUUAACCCAAAGUAUAUGCUGCAUGUUAUACCUGUUACAAUAGACUAUAUUUUAUGAAGCUGCUCUUGAACAUUUUUCACUGGGCCAAGACAAAUCCAUUGCUGUCCAUAAUAAUUAUUACAUACCAAAGUAAUGUCAAAAAGAAAUUACUCCAAAACUGAGUUUCAUGGUAGUAUCUGUGUCAUGUACUCUGAAGUAAUGACAAACAUAUCAGUGCUUCAAGGUAAAUUAGGAAGGUAUAGUUCUCACUGUGGGAACAAGUUCGCCUUUGCUGCCAGAAGCUGGUUUGGAGGAGGGUGUAUUAUGCACAUUCCACUUGUCAAAGCUCAAUAUAUAACCUCCAUGAAGCAUACUCAAAGGGAUUUAAAAAUGUACUGUAAUUUCAUUAUUUACAAAAGUAUUGAACAUCUUUAGGUUGGACUUGGAGAUGAUGAAAUGGGUUGAAAGUCAUGCAACAUAUUUUAAGUAAAUUUUACAAAUAAAAUGACCCCUCCACAAGAUGUAUGUAACAUCAUAGGAAGAGGGUGGUUUAGAAUUUGGUAUGUCAGACCAAAGCUAAUAAUAAAAGAAGCCCAUGUGUCUUGAAGGGAAAUGAUAGACAAUUUGGGUAACCAUGCCUUUAUCACCCUCUAUCUAUGAAAUCAUUUAAGCAUCACUACACAGAAGGUAAAGAUGACACGAAGUGCUAUAUGCCACAGUACAAGACAAGUAAUCAGAUGUAUAUUAUCAUGAUCUGUAAGCAUACUUUUGUGGUGAUUUCUCAUUAAAUGUAUUUUUAUCUUUGAAAUAUUUUAUUAAUCCCGUAGAUAAUUGUGCAGAGUGACAAAUAGCCUACUCCUUUGUGAGCAGUGUUUGCGUGGACAAAUUUGUACUUUAGGCAACAAGUUUUACGUGGGUUUUUCUUCCAAGAGUGUUUUAUUAUUGAGCUUUGUUUUUGAGAGAGAUGUGGUAUUUUCUUGUAGAUAUUAACAACUAUGUAUCCUGUAUCCAUUUACAGUGAUGGACUGAGAUCUAUACUCCCUUUGGAAAUUGAGUUUUACUAUUCUACCUUUUAUCAAGUGGUCAGUUGAAAAUACAAUUAAAAAUGAAAUUGUG